CCGCGGAUGGUACGUUCCGCACGUGAGCUGGGUGCUGGUCUGGCUGGCGACGCGCGUGCCCUGUGGCCAAACACUGAACAGAGCGAGUGCAAACUACCAGCGCUGUGUGUGUGAGUGUGUGCGUGCGCGCGAGUGUGUGUGUGUGUGUGUGUGUGUGAGAGAGAGAGAGAGAGAGAGAGAGAGAGAGAGAGAGAGAGAGAGAGAGAGAUUUGACUCAAGCUAGAGGGACACCAACUGCUUCACACUUUAAACCCUGCUGCACUGGAGAGGGAGAGACAGCGAGAGAGAGCUGGAGGCGCAUAGAUUUUCCCCCAGAUCACCCAAGAGCACCGUCCCGCAAAUUAGAAAACGAAACCCCCAAAAUUGCAACAAAAAAGAAACCAGCAGCUGUUGCCAAACAUGGACGAAGGAAUCUCUCGUUUGCAAGAGAGACAGUUAAUGGAACAUAGAGAUUUUAUAGGACUGGACUAUUCAUCCUUGUAUAUGUGUAAACCCAAAAGGGGAAUGAAGAGAGACGAAAGCAAGGAGACCUACAAACUACCACACAGAUUGAUAGAAAAGAAAAGACGAGACAGAAUUAAUGAAUGCAUUGCUCAGCUUAAAGACUUAUUGCCUGAACAUCUGAAAUUGACGACUCUAGGGCAUCUGGAGAAAGCAGUAGUUUUGGAAUUAACUUUGAAACAUUUAAAGGCGUUGACAGCCCUGACAGAGCAGCAGCAUCAGAAGAUAAUUGCUUUACAAAAUGGGGAACGAUCUAUGAAAUCUCCCAUUCAGGCCGACUUGGAUUCUUUCCACUCGGGAUUUCAAACCUGCGCCAAAGAAGUCAUGCAAUACCUUUCCCGGUUUGAGAGCUGGACGCCCAGGGAGCAGAGAUGUGCCCAGCUCAUCAACCACUUGCACUCCGUCUCCACUCAGUUCUUACCCAGCCCCCAGCUGCUGGCUCAACAGGUCCCUGUGGGCAAAGGAGGCACUUCCUCCUCCUCCUCCUCCGCCGCCGCCGCCGCUUCUUCCUCCUCCUCCUCCUCCUCCGCCACCGCGACACCCCCCUCCUCCCUCUCGGCUAUAAGCGCCUCUCAGGACCGCGCGGUGCAGAAGCUGGAGCCCCAGACAAACUGCGUCCCCGUGAUUCAGAGGACUCAGCCCAGCUCCGAACUCGCGGGGGAGAAUGACACGGACACCGACAGCGGCUACGGGGGGGAGGGCGAGGCCCGGCCCGAGCGGGAGAAACGCCAUGCCCCGGGGGGGGGCCGCGUCACCAUUAAGCAGGAGCCCCCGGGGGAGGACUCCCCGGAGCCCAAACGGAUGAGACUGGAUCUCGGCGAGAGCAGCGGCGGUCCUGGAGGCGGCGCGGCCGCGGCUCUGCUGGGGCCGAGCCCGGCCGCGGCUCUGCUGAGACCCGACGCCGCGCUGCUCAGCUCCCUGGUGGCCCUCGGGGGCGGCGGGGGGGCCCCCUUCGGGCCACAGGCGGCGGCGGCCCCCUUCUGCCUGCCUUUCUACUUCAUCUCGCCUUCGGCGGCGGCUGCUUACAUGCAGCCGUUCCUGGAGAAAAGCAACCUGGAAAAAUACCUGUACCCCGCCGCGGCGGCCCCCAUCCCGCUGCUCUACCCGGGCAUUCCGGCCCAAGCCGCGGCCGCCGCCGCCGCCGCCGCCGCCGCCGCCGCCGCCUUCCCCUGCCUGUCCUCGGUGCUCUCGCCCCCGCCUGAGAAGGCGAGCGCGGCCGCCCCGACUGCCCUGCCCCCGGAGCUGGCCGCCCCGGCCGCCCCCCACCAGCACUUCCCCCUGCCCUUGCACCCCCUCGCCCACCUUCCCUUCGCAGUUGCCUCCAGGGAGCCCGGGCUGAGCUCGGACCUGGAGACGUCUUCUCAGGGGGAUGCCUCCCGCCCUGGAAAGGAAGACCCGUGAAAGCUCUCCCCUUUCGCAGGAAAGACGGGUGGUUAAUCGUUAUACUAUUAACCGUAAUACUUAAGAAUAUCUUUUUUGUUGGUUUGCGUGAUUUCAAGUUCGUGUGUGCCCUCUGCCCCCUCCCCUCCCCACCUCCAACCAGGCUGCUGUAAAGAUCCUGCGCUGUGGGUGUGUUGUUAUUUUUGUUUUGUUUUGUUUACUGUUGUUGCUUUUUUAAAAUCAACAAUAUUUAAGUUUUACCUCCAUGGACUGUGACAGUUUUAAAAUGUUGAACAUUGUUCAUGAGUGAGCAGGGCCAACAUAGCUGAAAAGUUUCAUUUCUGGCUGGUCUGUAGUAUCUGCUGGAAUGCAAUGGAGGUAACUGAAACUGGAGGGUGUACACUCAACAAGGAAAAGGAAAAGGUGCUUGGAGCCAGGUUACAGCGUCCAGGAAUUAACCCACUGUAUCUGUUCUCAAAUAGCUCCUGCUUACCUCGAAAGGGGGUCUCCACAAACUGGGAAUGAGGAUCUUUUAAACUUAAUUUGCUACUCAGUACCUAAUAUUUAGCUUUAUGGAAUCCAUACAUUUGUCUGUUGUUGGAUAGUUUUGUUUUGAGAGAAGCAAAGAUACAAUUUCCCUCCAAAUUCUAUGUGGCACUUUGUUUUAAGUGGUUUUAUAUAUAGUGUUUCUAGGUUCUACUUCUUAACUUGCACUUGACUUUGGAGAAGGUGUGUUGAAGAAAGCAAGAAGCACCCUUGGUACAAUUUGUUAGCACUUUAUUGAGAAAUGGACCUUGAAUCAAUUGACUUAUCUUAAUUUCCUCUUAGACAUGAUAGAAAUACCCAUAUAUGGCAAGUGCAUUUGUACCCACACUGUCAUCGUUUUCAAUCAUUACGUUCCUGAAUUUUCAGUCUUGCUGUUUAAAAAAAGAAGUGUGCACUGAAUUAAGAAGAAUCUAAAUUCUAAAAAUUUUCUAUUCCUAAAAAAUAAUUUAUGCUAAAUUUUAAAUUGUAUACAAUUCAAAAGCUGGUAGAAAUAUUUGACUACUCAGUGUUGAUUGGAAAUGCUAUGAAGGUGUGGCAUAAAUCCCCAUGAGGCCUUUCUAUCUCCAGCUACUAUGAUUUCCCUUUCUGGAGACCAUACCAGAUACUAGUUUAUCACAAAGAAAGCUUUUACAAUAAGGUUUAAACCAAGACCUUGUCUAGAUAUUUUUAGUUUGUUGCCAAGGUAGCACUGUGAGAAAUCUCACUUGAAUGUUAUGUAAGAGGUGAGACACAACAGUCUGACUAUAAGUGAAGAAAAUAUCUAGGUCUUUUAGUCAGUUUGGUGCAUUUGCUGCUGCUGUUGCUACUGUUUGCCUCAAACGCUGUGUUUAAACAACGUUAAAUCUUACUAGCCUACAAGUUGGCUGUAUGUAUAUAGUUGUUAAUACAUCCAAUUAAUGAUGUCUGACAUGCUAUUUUUGUAGGGAGAAAAUAUGUGCUAAUGAUAUUUUGAGUUAUCUUUUGGGGAGGAUUUGCUGAAAAGUUGCACUUUGUUACAAUGCUUAUGCUUGGUACAAGCUUAUGCUGUCUUAAAUUAUUAAAAAAAAAUAAAUACUGUCUGCAAGAAACCAGCUGUUUUAGAACAGUUUAGUGACAUACUAAAAAUUGAUCUUUAUAUUCCAGUAUUUUCCAGCACUCCAUAAAUUCUAUUAAAUAUUUCCACACUAUUUUGUGAUUUUAAAAUUCUUACUAAGUAAUAAAAAAUUUAAUAUGCAAUAUGAGGUUGUCUAAUAAUUAAAAA